GACAGCUGAACUCUGUACAAUAUUACACAAUCUACUAAGGCACCAAAAGUUGUGGGAUUUUUUUUUGAGUGAAGCUAUGAGGAAGUUGAAUGAACAUUGCUUUUGCUUUGCAAGGACGCGGUGCAUAAUGCUGACGGGCAGGAAGUGUAAAAGGAAAUGACUGAGAAAACAAAUGAAACAAAUUAACCAGUCGUACAGCAAUGUCAUUGUCAUAUUGCCAGUCGAUUUAUUUUUACACAAAGAACAUCCGUAUUUAUGCAGUUGUAAGUGGACCAUAUUGGAUCACUACUAGCAAAAGGGAUCAGUGGAGAAGCCGGCAUCUUGUCAUCACUGGUUGAGCGUUUACACAGAAUUGACAUGCAUCACAAGACUUUGACUAAUGUUGGUAGACGUACCGCAAACGGUGUCAGUUGAUAUUCUUUCCUCAAUUAGCAGAAGUUUCAUUUCCUUUUGGAAAUGAUGAGGUAAACAAAACCACACAGUGUUGACGUCAGAAUUCACUGAAAUACAAAACAUCAUUAACUUCAGUGUAUCAUUACCAUUGCUGGUAAAUUAUGUGGAAACGUUCAUGAAACCAGAACACAAAAACCAAUUUAGUUUUGAAAAGGCCGAAAGACUUCAAAGGGGACUGGUGUGACUCUGGAUGUGUAUGUACAUAACAAGGAAGCUCGGUAAGAAAGUACAAAGCAACAAUUGACAACAAUCAAGAGUGCUUCGGAUCGAGCCAGUUAUUUCGUGGUUCAGCUUUCAGUUAACUCAUUGAUGCAUGCAGUCAGGGUCGCAUAAGCCAGCAACACACCUUAAUUUUGUGAAUAUUUCAAACAGUUUGCAUUGAGUUCACUUGAGGAGUAUAAUGCACGAUUGUUCAGCGCAGUUUUAAUUGGUCAUUAUCAACGGAUUGCAUUCAUCUGCAUGAGUGAGAUGUUACCAUGGAAACCAGGAGGAAUCUAAGCUUGUCUCUUGUUGUGUUUUUCAUCUUCAUCUUUCACAAAGGGCUUUCUCUUGAUCUGCGUGUCCCCGGAAUUACAACGAGUCAGAGUUCGACAGCGCCUGUGAAUGCCGAAGUCUCGAAUGCUGUGGAUCGAAACACUGGAACCUACUCGCACACAGGGUAUGCCAACCAGGAGGAACUUACGAACCCCUGGUGGAAAGUGGACCUGGGAGCUGUCUACUGCUUGAGGAAAAUUACUCUGGUCAACAGGAUAGACGAGGAGGGUCGCCGAUUGCGGGAUAAUGUAAUUCGUGCUGGUUUGAGCUCCAAUCACCUGCAGAACACAGAGGUAGGACGGGUUCGAAUGGAUCAAGCUGUAAAUAGAGCGGUUGUUGAUUUCCUACCAGACCCCUACGUCACUGCACGAUACGUCAGCGUGGAUAUCCCUCGUAACGGUUCAGGUACUAUCGUCCAGUUAGUUGAAGUUAUGAUUGAGGAGGUUACCAUGGAUACGAUCCAGACUGACACACUAACAGCCCUGAAUCUGACUGGUCUCGUAAGCAGCCAGAGCUCAACAUAUCGUAAUUCUAACGGUACUUGGUAUGCUUCAGGAGCUGUGGAUGGAUCGUUCCUGUACAGUUAUAAUGCCGCCCACUGCAGUCAUACAGAUGGAGAGUGGUAUCCCUGGUGGAAGGUAGACCUGACCUCUAUUCACUGCAUCGGGAAAAUUGCCAUCAGGAAUCCAGAUCAUCUUGAACGCGACGUUAGAUUACGUUUGCAAGGUGCUGUUGUCCGUGCUGGCCUGAAUGAUGCACAUCUUACUAACCUGAUGUGUGGUUCUCAAGUAAGCCAGUAUCAAGCGUUAAUCAAUGAUUGGAUUGAAUUCACCUGCGAUCCCUCUAGACUCGCCCAAUAUGUUAGCGUCGAUAUUCCAAGAUACACGUAUCUUGCACUGGCUGAAGUAAUGAUAUGGCCAUGUGAUCUCCACCCAGCAGCCCUAAACUUAAUCGAUAAACCCAGUGAUCAAAGCUCAACAGAUGGUACUUUCGUCGCUGGUAGAGCAUUGGACAGUCUUCCAGUAGGAAUUUAUUGCAGCCUCACAAUGUUCGAAAUGAACCCCUGGUGGAUGGUGGAUCUUGAGUCAAGUCAGUGUCUGGGACAAAUCAGAGUUUGGAGCUAUGGACAGGGAUCCAAUUUCCAGGAUGCUGCUGUACGUGCUGGGCUAAGCGAUAAUUACACCGAGAAUGUAGUGUGUGGUCGACAAGUCCAAGCUUCAUCCGACUUUGUGGAAUUGACCUGCGAUCCGCCCGUACUUGCCCGGUAUGUUAGCGUCGAUAUGCCUGAAAUGGCAAAACUCGGACUAUGCGAAGUGACAGUAGCUACGUGUGAUAUCAAGAAACAAGUUGAUGGUGUGGAUCUUGCUUUGGUUGUCAACCCCCCUCUACUUGGCCCAACUGGAGACAGCGAUUCCGUCAUUGCAGUGUACAGAGGUCCUGAGGAGAUAACAUCUCAUGUCUCAUUUGGUCGCCAAGUCUCAACAGGAGGAGCGUCUGGCCUUCCUUCAGGCUCAGGCGAGAUUGUAGAUUCAUCCUUGGGAUGUACAGUUAGAUUGCUUAGAUUACCAGAGGAGGGAGGACUUGAUAGGACGGGUGUCUUCUACGCAGAAGCGACCAGAAAUGGCUUGACCACUGGGAUACAGACCAUCAUUCUACCCAAAGAUGGAGUUCAUAUACGUCCCGUGGUGCGAACACAAACAGCAAGUAUUGGGGACUCUGUAGUAAUGGAAAUGCGGAAAGUGAGCUCACCGAGUGAAGACUACAGAUGGAGGCGUAAUGGAGGUGAUGUCAUCGAAACUUGGAACAACCUCCUGAGUGUAUCGAUAUCGAAUGUUGCUAAGGAGAAUGAAGGAGUAUACAGCUGCUUCAUUGUGGAUCAAGAAGAUGAACAACUGCAUGGAAUCAUGAGACUCAUAGUUAGAGAUUGUCCUUCCGGACGUUGGGGCCCACCAUCAUGUCUGGAAACCUGUCGUCGAUGCUACAAUGGCGGUUUAUGUGAUGACGAGUCUGGUACCUGUAUCUGUGCUCCAGGGUUCAGUGGAGACAAUUGCGAGGAAGUCCAUGGCCGUAAUGUCUUUGGUAAGACUGCUGAUCAGAGGUGUUCCAAUAGCACUGAUCCACACCACGAGGCUUGUCGAGGGCGCUUGUUCUGUCUUCCUGAUCCUUAUGGAUGCUCGUGUGCUGCAGGGUACAUGGGACUUGACUGUAUGCAAGAAUGUGCUGAAGGAACAUUUGGUGCUGACUGUAAGCAGACAUGUCACUGUGUAUCGGGAGGAACCUGCAGUAAAGAUACAGGAGAAUGCAGCAAUGGUUGUGAGGCACCGUAUUUUGGAAGUAUUAACUGCCAGUGCACAA